UUCUAAUGGUAAUUCUCGUUUGAGUUUUACGGCUACUAGUUAUCAAAUAAUCAGUAAUCACUGUAAUUACUGCCGAACGGAAAAACUAGCCCACGAGAGCCUCUGCCCUUUUUUUGUUUCGGAUAAGAUUAACCAAGGAAUAAGCCAACAAACAGCCGAAGAAAAAGAGGCUAACCAAGAAACAGCCAUGAAUAGUCCCCUAGUUUACGAGUUAAUUGGAGAAAUCCGAGGCAAAACCCAAAAGAAGGUUUACCAAGGAAAACAGGCCGGAAGUUAUUAUUAUCGGUUAGAUUGUCGGAUUGAGAACAAAGACGGGAUAAAGGAGAUUUUUGCUUUUCGAGAAACAAUCCAAGACGAAGAAGCUUGGCAGAGCAUUGAGCAAUGCCAAUAUGUCGACAAAAG